AUGCUAACAAACAGAACUUGGUCAUCAACAGAUAUCAAACAGUGGCUGGAAAGCCUUCAUUGUGGGGAAUAUUUUCAAUCUUUCGAAGAUAAUCACAUUACUGGAGAUGUCUUGCUCGAGUGUGACCAAACUGCAUUGAAAUACAUGGGUAUUAGGAAAGUUGGUGAUCGUAUAAAAAUUAAUCAGAGCCUCAAAGAACUUAGAAGUGACUAUGUGAAGUCGUUGGCUGAGGCAAGGGGCCACUCUCUGUUUCGCUACGGUCCACAGUCUUUAGAGGACCUCAACCGCAACUCUGUUUCACCAUUCGCAGCUUUGUCGUCUUCUCAACCUUCCAAACCAGAACAUUCAACACCUGCAGAAGGUUAUUUCUCACCCAAGCAUUCUUCAUCGGCAGGCCCAGGAAGUGCGUUAGGAAUCCUCUCAGGGUUAUCUCUUGGAGUUCCGCCAAAUUCAAGCAGCAGUUCUCGCUUUCCGUUUCGACGGACAGCACCUAAUAGUGCUAAAUCCCAAUACUCAACAGCCACAACUACAACUACAGUUCUAUCAAAGACCGACUCAAAUGGCGUCCAAGAGAUUUUUAGCAUGGACGUCGUUAAACAAAAUAAUGUUAAAUUUAUCUAUCCACAAGGAGAGAGCAAAACUGUCAACAUUGCUGGCUGUACAACAGCCGACGAAAUUAAGCGGAAGGCUUUGCAAAAAAUUAUGGCUGAUAACGUCGUUAAUCCUGUUGAGUGGAUCGUAUUCGUGUUGUUGGAGGAUAAAUUCCGACAUCUCGGUGAUGUGGAGCUCAUGUCGAUCGCUCAGUCGUCUGACAGCUCUGAAAGGAAACGGCUAAUGCUGUGUGCUAUUGGUACAUCUCCUUCAACGAAACAGCUCGAAAAAUCGAAGCAGAUCCAAGUUAAUUCCCACCUUAAACUUUCGUCACUCAGUAAUAUCGACUCGGCUGACUCAAUAGCUCAAGCUACUAAGCCAGAAAGCAAGUCAAUUUCUACGAACCGGUUGUCUUUGGCUCAAAGCAUUGCAGCUACAAGCUACGAUGACGAUGAUUUGGAUGAUGAUGACUUGGAACAAGAUGGCGCCAGUGUUACUGCAAACGCCAGACCACGAAAAGUUGGACGGCUUUCCGAGCAUCGUCCACCUAGCGAGCUUAUUUCCUCCAACUUGGCCCAUUUCUUCCCUUCUGCCCCGGCGAAUGAUUUAGAAGAGACAAUUCGCAAUUCAAGACGUUUCUCUAAGCGAAUGUCACGCAUGUCAAGAAUAAGCCAUAGAAUGUCGGUAGCGUCGUCCACUUGGGGAAUACCCGAGGAUGAAGAAGCCCCACCACCAGUUCCUGCCUUACCAGACCAUGGUGAACAGGGCACAAUAAUGCCAGGUUCCCUGCCUUCUCCAUAUACCAGUACCACACCCACAAUACCUAAACCAACUACUCCGACGACCGCUCCGGUUCCAACUACAGAGGCACCCGCUGCCCCUGAGGCCAAAAGACCAUCUCUACGUAGUUCGAUUCGUAAAUCUGUCAUGCCCCGACGGUAUUCCAGCUAUGAAUCUGGUAAUACUAAUAUGCUGACAGCAUUAUCCAAUAGAAUCUCGACUAUGAGUUUGAGUAAGGGUGGGUUCUCAAAGUCACAUAAUGGAGGUUCCGAAGACCAAAUACAUGAUGGUCCCACAUCAGAUAAUGAACCAGAAACUGAUGCUAAUCAAGAACAACAUGCACCGGAGGUAGAGGAUGAAGAUGAUGAAGAGGACGAUAACACAUUCUUAGACACUGUUCGUAAAGAAGAAUCUUGUCCUUCUAAAUGGAUAAAAGGUAGAUUGAUUGGCUCAGGUAGCUUUGGUACUGUGUACCUUGGUAUGAAUUCGUUUACUGGUGAGUUGAUGGCUGUUAAGCAAGUUGAGAUUCCGACUGAAGAUACUGAAAAUGGCCAACGUAAAAAGAGUAUGGUCGAUGCUCUCCAGCGAGAAAUGAACCUUCUUAGAGAACUGCAGCAUAAAAAUAUUGUUCAAUACUUAGGUUCCAACUCAGAGGGGCAGUUUUUGAAUAUUUUUUUGGAAUAUGUACCUGGCGGCUCGGUAGCUAUGUUGCUUUCGAAUUAUGGAAUAUUUGAAGAAUCAUUAAUUCGUAACUUUGUAAGACAGAUUCUUGAAGGCUUGAAAUAUUUGCAUGGUCAGAAUAUUAUUCAUCGUGAUAUUAAAGGUGCAAACGUGCUAGUAGAUAACAAGGGCUGUAUAAAGAUCUCCGAUUUUGGUAUUUCCAAGAAAAUCGAAACUAAAUUGUUAACAAACAAUCGGGUUUCGUUACAGGGCAGUGUAUUUUGGAUGGCACCUGAAGUUGUCAAGCAGCUACCCUAUACUUUGAAGGCUGACAUCUGGUCUCUAGGAUGCCUAAUAGUCGAGAUGUUCUCUGGCACACAUCCCUUCCCCGAAUUUACACAAAUGCAAGUCAUAUUCCGGUUGGGAAAUUCUGGAACUCCAGCCAUACCAGACGAUUGUUCAGAUGAUGCUAAAGACUUUCUAGCUAAAACGUUCGCUAUAGACCACCAGAAAAGACCAACUGCCGCUGAACUCCUGAGCCACAAAUUCAUGGAUCCGAUACCACAGUAG